AUGCCGUCAAUGAAAGUGGAGGGUGACAGUGAUGGGGACGGUGAUAUGUCUGGGGGUGAAACAGAGCGUUCCAAUGGGUCAUCUCGAGGACCUGACAGGGAUUCCAGUGCUGAGGAAGCUGAUGAGCCUGAUUCUGAUGAUUCUUCGGAGAUGGACGAGAGCGAGUGUGAGCGGCGGAGGAACGACUGCCUUGAAAAUCUGUCAAACCUAGAGCGUCAGUUCAGCGUUCUCCGCGAACAGUUGUAUCACGAGAGAGUGAAGCAGGUAGACCAUCAGCUCGCAGAAGUACGGUGCGGAAGAUCUCAGGAGUAUGUGGGGCCGUUGCGGAGGCUGCAGGAGAAUAUGAGGAUCAGGAUCGAAGUGGCCGGUAUCUUAAAGCAGAUGCGAAUAGAGAACAUCAAACACAAAUACGAGGCGGAGGAGCAGGCAGCACACCAACAUUUCAAGGUAGGAUUAACUUUAAGCAAUGAUGAAGGCGGGGACAGAUCAUAA